AUGUUAGUUCCGUAUGCUGAAUCGAUCGGAAUUUGGAGACUUUCAGUUUUUGGUGAUAAAGCUUUCGAGAAAUUCGGGAAAGGUUUCAUCUCAAUGCACUUCUCCGAUCAGCACUUGGGCUCAAACAAGAAGAUGCUAGUUUUCAAAUUCGCUAUCCCCGACGCUAACAACAUGGCUGACAUGACCCGUUUGGUUGCUCUUGUACCUUACUACAUCGAUCUAAUUGGACGGUACAAAGUCAGCUCACAAGCUCGAACUAAAACAGAAGCAGCGAGAUCAAAGGUUGCCCAGGAGUUGUACAAAGAACUACAAAACGCGAGGCAAGAAGCUCUGCAGCAAAAGAAGGCCGAGCAAAGGAAGAAACUAGAAGAGGCUCAAUCGAAGCUAAGUGCUGAGGCUCUUCGUAAAAAGGAAGCUAAAGAGCGUUCUCGUCAAAUGAAGAAGGGCAUGCCGAAGCUUAAGAUGACUAAGGCUCAUUAGAUCCGAAGUUCGUUCUUACGGUGUUAUAUUUUUAUUACAGUAUUUUUUUUUUCUCGUGUUUUUGGGUUCACUUCAUUAAAACAAUCGAAGAUGGGGUAGGUCUUCAUUCAACUUUGACCACUUAUGCGGUUUCUUGAAUGUAGCCGUAGUUCUAGCAUGGAGAAAACAGUUGUUAGAGCUCUCUCUCUCUCUCUCUCUCGUAGCAAAAUUCACAUGAAGAAUUCAUUAGAAUGAAAGAAAUAGACUUUGACUGCUGUAAGAGAGUUAUUUUAUUCGACAUAGAAAUCCAUGAUUUUGAUUUUCGAAGUGUUAUAUUCCACUGAAAACAAUUGAUAAAAAGUCUGCUACAAUUUUCA